GUGUUGGGCCAGCUCUCUGGCAAUCAGUUCGAGCCGAGAUCGCGACGGGUUCGCUUUGAUUUGACGGUUUCACAUCGCCAGUCGAUGCAUUUGCACUCCAAGUUGGCCAAAACCAACAAUAAAAAAGGUUUAAACAAAAAAAACCAACAAUCGCGCAGUAAAUUCAACUAUUUUUAGCGGAUUACGUGAGUGUCAUUUGAAUUUUUUCGGCAUGAAGUAUACGCCCGAUCUGUAAGCGAGAAAAAAAAAGAACAAACAGAGUAUUGGCCAAAUUUGUUAGCCAUCUGUGCUAGUAUCUGUGUGUCUAAGCCAGAGUGUACUUAAGAGUGUGUGUGCUUGUGUGUGUGUGUGUGUGUGGGUCCAAAACCUGCUGCUAUUAUUAGCCUUAGCCAAGAUUAUGGGCGAUUUCAUUAUGGCGCUGCAAUUUGCUGGGCAGCCCGAAAACAGAAGAUUUUUGCGAGCUUAGCUUAGACGGGUUUCCGACCGAAGACCAAAACCGAAUCAACUUUAUAGAGAAGCUGCAAUACGCCUCUCAUUCAUUCAUUCAUGCCAGCGAUUAUAUCAUACUCGUAUGUGUUGGCUGGCAUUUUGGCCAGAACUACUGCCAACGAAAUAGUUUAGGUUUUUGGCCCACACUCCAACGCAAUUUGCAUAUCUCCGAUGAUGUUGACUGGGGCUGGGAGGGACUACGUCAUCGCCUAUACUACUCGCAUUUAUAUUAAUAUUUCUCCACAUUUCUGGCCAUGUUUUUGUUUGUUUUUCGGUUUUCCCGUGCAAGUGAAGUGUAAUGAAAUGUGUUCAACAGCAGCACCAGCAGCAGCAGCCAGAAACUAACAACCUGUCGCAGUUGCUGGCAAAAAGCGUUAAAAAUAAAUAAACGAAACAAUACCACACACAACACCACCAUCAUCAAUUCCAACUGUAUAACAAUGAGGCGAGAAGGCAGCUCCAGCACUUGCUAGUCGUCGUCGUCGCUGGGUCCGGAUCCGGGUCCAUUAGCAGUCAAUCAGUCAGCUGAGCUACCGAGGUGAAGAAGGGGAGCAGCGCCAGAAAUCAGCCAGAGGCAUCCACUUAGGAGGAACCUGAAAAUGCACGAGAGACAAGUGAAGAAGUUGAAGGGCAGCCAUUAUGUGGCCACGCACGGACGCCUCACACCCGACCCGCCCUACGUGCACUCCAACCGCGGCUACUCCACGGACGGGGACGAGACCCACUCCCAUCGCGCCCCCUCGGAGCGCACCUACUCGGAGUAUACGCUGACCCAUGAGCGAGUCUCGCCCCAGUCCCGCAACCAGUAUAAUCCAUCGCGCAAGAAGCGCUCCUCCAGCUCAAAUGGACACCAUCAGCACCUCCAGAGCAGCUAUAGCCACAGUCAGAUGGGCCUCUCCAGUUCCCCAGACAAUGGGGGUCCCCGUUCCCUUAGCGGCCCGCCACCCACGCGCCAGCCACCCCGAGCACCCUCUGCUCUGAGCUAUGAUCAGGCUGGUGACGCCGGCAGUGACAUCUAUGUGACCAGUGCUGCCUACAAGGCGCCCUCGGAGAUCAGUCGCUAUAGUGCCAGACCGGUGUCACGUGGAGCUCCCCGGAGUGUCUAUUCGGUGGCCAGUACUGCCAAAACCGGACGCAGUGCCCGUUCGACGACCAGGAGGGGCGCCAAGAUCGAGACCAUGUCCGCACCGAACCCGUUCUGCCCAAACGUCAAGGGCGUUUGUUGUCUGAUGCUGUUGCUCAAUCUCGGGCUGAUCCUGGUCACCCUGGGCUUUGUCAUUGUGGUGCAGUUCUACGAGCCACUGUACGUGUGGAUCCUGGGCAUCGUUUUCCUGAUCUUUGGUUUCCUAACCCUGAUCGGUUGUAUGAUAUACUGUGUGUAUGUGUUCCGGGACGCCAGGACCCCGUCCCAGGUGCGAAACGAAGAUCUCUACUGGACGCGACACUGGCAGAAGAACAUUGGGUAUACGCCUCAGGAGAUCAACUACAAGGCAGAUAAAUACGAUGCAUACUCUGAUCGGUAUUCGGUCAGCAAGCUGAGUGGAAAAUAUUCGGAUCGGGAGAGCCAGCGAUACUAAUCCAGAUGCGAAGACCCAUCUGCAACUGCCCGGCAAAAUAAAUCUAUAGAAAUCUAUAAAAACCACUUAUAUUUUAACUAAUUAUAAGACUAUGUACUAGUUCUAAACGGUUAUUAACAAGGCCCUCAACGUACCUGCUGCAAGCUGCUUGCUGGUUUGUGUGUUAUAAGAGAAACUGGACGAACACGAAAGGAUACAGAGAGUAUUGUAAUCUGCCAUAUAUGAGAAGGUUCGGCUAAUCAACAAGAGAGUUUUAUGCUAAAAAUGUAACUACGAAUGCAUGUAACAUGAAAGAAAUAAAAAAAAUAAUACGUAA